UAUUAUUAUUAAGUUUGGGUAGAUACUCUAGUUCACACUCCAGCAUAGUAGGUGGCGGUAUUGCACCUUAACGUUGGAUGCCACCCGCCAUAAAACAUAAGAAGAAGAAGAGAGCGCGAGCGAGCGCGCGUGUGAUUUGUUUGUGUAUCCUCAGUGUUUUUCUCUCUUGCGUGUUUCUUUUAAACGGAGUCUUGUCUUUGUGUAUAUUAUUGUUGAGAGAUACAGGACACUACAGUGUGUGACAGUAAGAGCUUACAGGAGGAUCAAACCUCCACAGAGUCUCUGGAUUCUGUCUGUAACGCUGGAGAACAGCAGCAGAUCCUGCAGACCAAACUGAAGAUGUGUUCAGUUAAACUCAUCGACUGCACGAACCUCAUGAUGAAGAUUAAAACUGAACCCACAGAAAUUAAAACUGAACCCACAGAAAUCAAAACUGAACCCACAGAAAUUAAAACUGAACCCACAGAAAUCAAAACUGAACCCACAGAAAUCAAAACUGAACCCACAGAAGAGGAAGAUCGCACUGAUGAAGACGAUUUCGAUUUUAUUCCAUCAGAUGUGAAGAGUGAUUCAUGUUUGGAUAUAGAAAUAACGUCCUCAACAUCAAAAGAGCGACUGACAGCACAAACUCUUUCCUGCAUCACCUGUGGAAAGACAUUCAGCUCACAGAGACAUUUAGAGAGACAUGAGAGAAAACACACAGAACAGAAACUCUUCACCAGAUCUGAGAUCAGCUUUACUACCUUACAAGAGAAGAAACUUCAUUCAGAAGACGACAAAGAGAAGAAGAAGAAGCAGCAGUUUCACUGUGAGCAGUGUGGGAGGAUUUGUGUCUCUUCCUAUAAACUAAAUGUUCACAUGAGGAUACACAGUGAUGAAAAGCCUUUCAACUGCACUGAAUGUGGAAAAUACUUCACAACCAAACAAAAUCUUAAAAUUCAUCAGAGACUUCACACUGAAGAGAAACCUUAUCACUGUAAUGUCUGUGGGAAAAGUUUUAGUCUAAAGGCUACCUUACUACAGCACAAGAGACUUCAUACAGGAGAAAAACCUUUCAAAUGCUCUCAGUGUGACAUGACAUUUGCUUGUUCAAGUAACUUAAAAGACCAUCAUAGAGUUCAUACUGGAGAGAAACCUUAUCACUGUAGUCUCUGUGGGAAGAGUUUUAGUCAACAGUCACACUUACUAAAUCACACAAGACUUCAUACAGGUGAAAAACCUUUCCAAUGCUCUCAGUGUGACAAGACGUUUGCUCAGUCAGCUUCUUUAAAAAAACAUCAGAGAGUUCAUACUGGAGAGAAACCUCAUCACUGUAGUGUCUGUGGAAAGAGUUUCUCUAAUUUAUAUCAUUUAAGAGUCCAUCAGAGAGUUCAUACUGGAGAGAAACCUUAUCACUGUAGUGUCUGUGGGAAGAGUUUCUCUCAUUUAUAUAAUUUAAGACUCCAUCAGAGAGUUCACACUGGAGAAAAACCUUAUCACUGUAGUGUCUGUGGGAACAGUUUUAGGGUAAGUGAUACCUUACUAAAGCACAAUAGAGUUCAUACAGGUGAAAAACCUUACAAAUGCUCUCAGUGUGACAAGACGUUUGCUUAUUCAAGUAACUUAAAAGCCCAUCAGAGAGUUCAUACAAGAGAGAAACCUUAACACUGCAAUGUUUUUGGGAAGAGUUCAUCAACAGUCAGUCAGGUUAUGACACCAAAAUAUUCUAUAAAGUCUAAAAUAUUGUUAAAAACAUGUUAAUAGUAAAACAAGAGGAAAUAGUCAAAUUAUGAGCAAUAUCGCAGAUAAAUAGAACAGAACAAACAUACAAAUGAAAUAAAACUGUGCUGCUCCUGGUUUCA